AUGUCCGUACCCAACGGACACGCCAUCGCAGCUCCAGCUAUUGCAAUACGUCCCCUAAUCAUCGCUGUUGGCCAAAUUAGAGUCUCAAUCCCGGUGUUGACCCAACCCGACGAAUGGAUUGCUGCAGAAGUCCUCCGAGACGAGUUCACGCAUACCCAAUCACUAUUAGACGCAGUCGACAGCACCACUCAGCUUGAAAACGAAUCGGAAGCAGCUCUAGAGCUCUCCGCCCGCUUCCUCGCCCAUGUCGCGGACAGCAUCCCCAAAGACCCACAAUCCACUACUGCACGCACCGCGUUGCUCCUCAACGUGCUCAAGCACUUUACGUCAUCAUACCUCGCCAGCAAGGAUAUCCAUGUCCUCACAUCCACAUUCGACUCAGAGACGCGCCAAGUUGUCCUCUCGUCCUACUUCCGCGCCGUGGCUGCUCUCCAGGCUCAACACGUCGCCGAAAUUCCAGCCCAACCUAAGUCUACGCUCCUCGAGGCAGCGGUCUCCGGUAAAGCCUCUAUUUUCGCCCUUUUCGGCGGUCAGGGCACGAACGAAGUCUACUUCGACGAGCUUCAGAACUUAUACGACAUUUACACACCUUUUGCUGCGCCAUUCCUGCAAACCAUCACAGAAGAAAUUUUGAUCCCACUUGCGGAGGAAGAGGAGGAUUCCACCUUCUACACCUUCGGCCUCGACGUCGUGUCGUGGCUCUCCGGCGCGGCCACUCGCCCUGCCGUACCAUACCUUGCGUCCGUUCCCGUAUCGUUUCCACUGAUCGGCCUCACUCAACUCCUCCAAUACCUAAUCGUUUGCCGUGUCGCCAACCUCAGCCCAGGCGAACUCCGAAGCCGCCUCGCCGGGGCUACCGGGCACUCCCAAGGAGUCGUUUCUGCUAUCGCCAUCUCCGCAUCAGGCACCUUCGAUGAAUUUACGGAGAACUCACGCAAAGCCCUCAAAUGGCUUUUCUAUUGCGGCCUUCGUGGCCAGCAAGCCUUCCCCGUCACCUCGUUAGAGCCUAGCAUAGUUCAAGAUUCCGUCGAAGGCGGAGAAGGUGUUCCUGGCCCUAUGCUAUCAGUCACGGGUCUCAGCCUCAUAGAACUCGAGCCUCACAUUGUCAAGACGAACAAGCACCUUUCAGCUGUCUCCCAGCUCUACGUUUCUCUCCACAAUGGACCGAAAGCUUUCGUAGUCACAGGCCCUCCCAAAGCACUCUUUGGAUUGGUUACCAGCUUGAGGAAAGUGAAGGCUACUAGUGGCCUUGAUCAGAGCAAGAUUCCCUUCUCUCAGCGCAAGCCUGUCUUUUCCGUCAGAUUCUUGGUCGUAGGCGCUCCGUAUCACAGCGAAUACUUGGCUGAAGCUACAGCGCUAGUUGUUGAGGAAGACUUGGAAGGGGAAGACUUGUGGGAGGCGAAGGAACUUCAGGUUCCUGUUUACAACACAGAAGAUGGAUCCGACAUGCGCGAGCUCAAGACGUCCAUCGCGCGUUCGCUCUGCGAACAAAUCUUCACGUCGCCGAUCCACUGGACGAAGGCCACAAAUUUCCCCGAGACGGCCACACACGCCAUAGAUUUUGGUCCCGGAGGUUUGAGUGGCAUUGGUCCAUUGACUGCUAGGAAUUUCGACGGCCGCGGCGUUCGUGUCGUCGUCAUCGGCGAAAAGGGUAAAGGUGACGCGGAGCUAUAUAGCUCCAUCAGUAUCAAGUACGAGGAGUGGUGGAGUAAGAGGUGGUCUCCUAGCCUCAUUCGGACCAGUGAUGGAAAGCUCCAUCUCGACACGCCAUUCUCCCGUCUCCUGGGCAAGCCGCCCAUCAUGGUCGCUGGAAUGACGCCCUCUACCGUCAAGGCAGGCUUCGUGAGCGCAGUACUUGACGCCGGAUUCCACAUCGAACUGGCCGGUGGUGGCCACUACAAUGCAGCUGCUCUGCGUGCCAAAGUUGCCGAAAUUCAGAAGAGUGUUCCUGCCGGUGUCGGCAUCACCCUGAACGCCCUCUACAUCAACCCCCGCCAAUUUACCUUCCAGUUCCCCUUGUGGCAAGAAAUGCGAAAGGAGGGCCUUCCCAUCGAGGGUUUCUGCGUUGCUGCUGGUGUUCCGACCACGGAAAAGGCUGUUGAGAUCAUAGACGGCCUGAAAGCCGCAGGCAUCAAGCACGUUUCCUUCAAGCCUGGCUCCGUCGAUGGCAUCCGUCAAGUCAUCAACAUCGCCGCCGCCAAUCCCAGCUUCCCCAUCAUCAUGCAGUGGACCGGUGGCCGCGCUGGUGGUCACCACUCUUUCGAAGACUUCCACCAACCCGUCCUUGCGACCUAUCGUGCCAUCCGUCAACACCCUAACAUCAUUCUUGUCGGUGGUUCUGGCUUUGGAUCCGCUGACGACGUGUGGGAGUACCUGACGGGAGAUUGGUCUGUCGAGCGCUUCGGUAUCCAGCCCAUGCCCUUCGACGGUUUCUUGUUCGCCAGUCGCGUCAUGGUCGCGAAGGAAGCUCACACGAGCUCUUCCGUCAAAGACUUGAUUGUCAGUGCCUCUGGUGUCGAUGACGGUGCCUGGGAGGGCACAUACGUCAAGCCUACUGGUGGCAUCUUGACUGUUCGUUCGGAGUUGGGUGAACCGAUCCAUAAAGUCGCAACAAGGGGCGUCAAGUUGUGGAAGGAAUUCGAUGACACUGUCUUCAAGUUGCCGAAAGAGAAACGCACCGCUUGGCUUGCAGAACGCCGAGCGGAGAUUAUCGCCAAGUUGAACAAGGAUUUUGCAAAGCCCUGGUUUGGCUGGAAGAAGGAUGGUAGCGUUGCUUCUGAUUUGGGUGACAUGACCUAUGAAGAAACCGUACUAAGGAUGGUGCGCUUGAUGUUCGUGGCGCAUCAGCAACGUUGGGUGGACGUUUCGUUGAGGAAUCUCACUGGCGACUGGCUGAGGCGCGUCGAGGAGCGUUUUGCUGGAGUCAAUGGGGAUGGAAAGAAGCCCUCGCUGCUUCAAAGCUUUACAUCUUUGGACGAUCCUUUGCCGUUUGUUGAGAAGUUCUUCGAGAAGUAUCCCCUCGCGAGGGUACAGCUUCUCGCUGCUGAAGAUGCUGCAUAUUUCCUCGCGAUCGCACAGAGGCCAGGGCAGAAACCUGUUCCUUUCAUCCCGGUCCUGGACUCCAGCUUUGAAGUAUGGUUCAAGAAGGAUUCGCUCUGGGCGGCUGAAGAUAUUGAUGCUGUAUUUGAUCAGGAUCCCCAACGUGUGUGCAUCCUGCAAGGUCCUGUCGCCGUCAAGUGGUCGGCAAAGAAAGACGAGCCCAUUAAGGAACUAUUGGGCAACAUCAAUGACGGCCUCAUCCAGCGCCUCCUGGAGCGCAAGUACAAUGGCGAUGCCUCGGCUGUCCCAACCAUCGACUAUCUCGCUGUCGAGCCGCCUUCCGUCAACGAAAAUGUAGUUGGCAUUGCCCGCAGCCAGAACGGAAAUCUCGUCAGCUUCGAGUUCGGGCCUCAGCUUCCUGAUACUUCUGCUUGGCUUGAAACCCUGGGGGGUUCGGGGCUCAGCUGGCUUCGUGCGUUGGUCUCUUCAACUACUAUCGUUCAAGGUACUUCCUACAUCGACAAUCCUCUUCGUCGUAUCUUUGCCCCUCGCGUUGGCCAGAAGGUUGUUGUCAAGUAUUCCGACUCUCAGCCUUCAUCUGUCACCGUCUACGGCGCCGCACGCUCAUAUGGCGAGCACAUCUCCAGCUUUAAGGCUCUCGAGGUUGUCUAUGUCCCUGAGACCAAGUUGAUCAACCUAACUCUCUUCGAGGAGCGCCGCGGUAGCUCCAUCCCUCUUGCUCUUCAAUUCCAGUACAAUCCUUCGCAAGGCUUCGCUCCCAUCCACGAAAUCGCCACCGACCGCAACAUGCGUAUCAAGCAGUUCUACUGGAAGUUGUGGUAUGGCGACAAGGAAAUUCUCCCCGAGAUCGACAUUCGCGACAAGUUUGUCGGCCCAGAGGUCACGAUAAGUGCUGAGGAUGUCGAACAGUUUUGUGCUGUUGUUGGCAAUCAAGGAGAGUCCUUCAAGACAGCGAGGAACGAGAAUGUUCAAGCUCCAAUGGAUUUCGCUAUCGUCACGGGCUGGCAGGCGAUCAUGAAGUCCAUCUUCCCAGGCGCAAUCGACGGUGAUUUGCUGAAGCUGGUCCACCUUUCGAAUGGUUUCCGCAUCGUCGACGGCGCGAAGCCUCUUCAAGUUGAUGAUGUUUGCAAGUCUGAAGCUCGCAUCGUCUCCGUGACCAACAGCAACGAGGGCAAGAUUGUCAAGGUCAAGGGCUACGUCUAUCGUCAAGGCCAACCCGUCAUUCAAGUCGUUUCGUCCUUCUUAUACCGAGGCCGCUUCGCUGACUAUGAGAAUACAUUUGACACGACCGACGAGGCCGAUUACCUAGUCCCCCUCGAAACCGAUGCUGCUGUUGGGGUGCUGCAAUCCAAGGAGUGGUUCGAAUGGGAGAACGAGUCUUCCCCUCUUCUGGCUGGCACUUCCCUUCUUUUCCGUAUUCAGUCCCAAGUAUCGUUCAAGGACAGGACUGCGUAUCGCAACGUCUCUGUGUCUGGUGACAUCUUUGUCCGCAACCAGCUCAAGGUGCUAGUUAAGGUCGGAUCUGUUGACUUCCAACAGGACGAUUCGCAGGGGAACCCAGUUCUUGCCUAUCUCCAACGUCACGGUACUCCCCAAGGCUUGACCACCCCACUUGCAAACGAGGGAUACUCUCUUACCACUUCCGACAUCAACACUGUCUUCACGACCCCACUUACAAACGAGCCGUACUCCAAGAUCUCCGGGGACUUCAACCCGAUCCAUGUCAACCCUUACUUCUCCGACUUUGCGUCAUUGCCUGCCACUAUCACCCAUGGAAUGUGGUCCAGUGCAGCUACUCGCCGCUACGUCGAAACUGUUGUUGCCAAAGGCCAUCCAGAGCGCGUUAUCGCGUACGAUGUCAGCUUCGUCGGGAUGGUCAUUCCUGGUGAUACUCUCGAGGUCAAGCUUCGACACAUUGGCAUGUGUGACGGCAAUCUAGUCAUCAAGAUCGACACAACUAAUAGCCAAGGCGAGAAGGUCUUGCAAGGCUCGGCCGAAGUAUCUCAACCAACCACCGUUUAUGUUUUCACUGGCCAAGGUUCGCAGGAGCCCGGCAUGGGUAUGGACUUGUACAACAACUCUCCGGCCGCUCGCGCCGUUUGGGAUGGAGCCGAUGCCCACCUCCUUGCUGUGUACGGGUUCUCUAUCGUCGAGAUUGUCAAGGACAACCCGAAGGAGAAGACCAUCUACUUCGGCGGUAUCAAGGGUCAGGCCAUUCGUCAGAGGUACAUGGACAUGACCUACGACGCAACGGACAAAGAUGGCCAUGUGAAGACCCUUCCUCUCUUCGCCGACAUUGAUGUUCGCACCCCCAAGUACACCUUCAGCCACCCGAAUGGUCUUCUGUUCGCGACUCAGUUCGCCCAAAUCGCCCUAGUUGUCACCGAGAAGGCUGCAUUCGAAGACAUGCGUGUCAAGGGCUUCGUGCAAAAAGAUUGCGCUUUCGCCGGCCAUUCUCUAGGAGAAUAUUCCGCUCUUGCUUCUAUCGCUGACGUCCUCCACAUUUCCAAUCUUGUCGACGUUGUCUUCUACCGUGGUAUCACCAUGCAGCGUGCAGUAGAACGUGAUUCGGAGAACCGCUCCAACUAUGCUAUGUGCGCCGUCAACCCUAGCCGUAUUUCGCCAACUUUCAGCGACGCCGCUCUCCGUGAAGUCGUGGAUACGAUCGCGACUGUCACUGCGGCACUUCUCGAGAUCGUCAACUACAACGUUGAGGGCCAACAAUACGUGUGCGCGGGAGAGCUCGUUGCCCUUCAAACUAUGACCAAUGUCCUAAACUUCCUGAAGAUCCAGAAAAUCGAUAUUGCGAAGCUAACUGAGACGUACACCGUUGAGAAGGUCAAGGAGAUGCUUACGGACAUCGUCAAAGAAUGCUUCUCCAAGGCUCAAGCUCAGCAGAAGGCCGAGGGUUACAUUAAGUUGGAGCGUGGUUUCGCAACGAUUCCUCUUCCGGGCAUCGACGUGCCUUUCCACUCGCGCUACCUGUGGGCGGGUGUCCUACCUUUCCGUGCCUACUUGUCGAAGAAGAUUAACGCGACGAGCCUCAACCCCGACAUGCUCAUAGGCAAAUACAUCCCCAAUUUAAUUGCGAAGCCGUUUGAUGUCUCUCGCGAAUAUGCUCAGAUCAUUUAUGAUCAGACAUCUUCGCCCAAGCUGGAUAAGGUGCUCAGGAAGUGGGAGGAAGACCAAUGGGCCAAGCCUGAAAAGCGCCAACAGCUCGCAUACAUCAUCCUUGUGGAGCUUCUUGCGUACCAAUUCGCGUCUCCCGUACGAUGGAUUCAGACUCAAGAUCUGCUCUUCACUUCUUUCAAUUUCGAGCGAUUUAUCGAGCUCGGACCUUCGCCCACGUUGACAGGAAUGGCCACGCGUACACUGAAGGCGAAAUACGAGCACAUUGACGGCGCCCGCAGCAUGACCCGUACUAUUCUGUGCCACUCCAAGAACGUCAAGGAGAUCUACUACCACUACGAAGAUGAAGCCGAAACCCCAGCUGUUGAAGAGUCGGCAUCUGAAACUCCGACACCUGCCGCAGCCAUUUCAACCCCAUCCGCACCAGCUGCCCCCGCUGCCGUCCCAUCCGGGCCUGCCGCCAGUAUUGAGGAUGUGCCCAUCAAAGCUGUCGAUAUUCUCCUCGUUGUCGUUGCUCAGAAGCUCAAGAAGCGUGUUGACGAAAUUUCGCUUUCGAAGACCAUCAAAGACCUCGUUGGGGGCAAGUCCACACUCCAGAACGAAAUUUUGGGUGACCUUCAGCAGGAGUUUGCGUCUGCACCUGAGAAAGGCGAGGAACUACCCCUUGAGGAGCUUGGCUCUGCUCUCGGUAAUGGGUUCAGUGGUGCCUUGGGUAAAUACAGCACAGGCCUGAUCUCUCGACUCGUCGGCGGCAAGAUGCCUGGAGGUUUCAAUGCUUCCGCUAUCAAGUCCUAUCUUGCCAAAAGCUGGGGCCUUGGUCCUUCGCGUUCGGACGGAGUCUUGCUUCUCGCUACCACCUUGGAGCCUCCCAAGCGCCUAGCUUCUGAGGCGGAGGCCAAGUCUUGGCUCGAUGGAGUCGUGUCUGUUUACGCGCAGCGUGCAGGCAUUUCUCUUUUGGCCGCUGGUGUUGCUGGAGGUGGCAACGGAAGCGGAGGCGGUGCAGUCAUCAAUAGCGAAGAGUUCCUCAAGUUCCAGGCAGACCAGAACAAAUUCGCCGCUCAGCAUGUCGAACUCUAUAUGCGUUAUCUCGGACGUGAUUCACGAUCAGGAGAACUCGCAUUCGAUCAGGAGAAAGCAAACAACCUUGCCCUUCAAGCCAAGCUAGACAGCAUUACUCGCGAACACGGUGACGCCUAUAUUGACGGUAUUCAGCCCCGUUUCGACCCACUGAAGGCUCGCCGUUUCGACUCCUCUUGGAACUGGGCGCGUCAAGAUGCUCUUCUCAUGUAUUAUGAUAUUCUCUUCGGCCGUCUUGAAACCGUUGAUCGGGAAAUCACCGCUCGUUGCAUCGCGAUUCUCAACCGUGCUGAUCCCGCUCUCCUUCAGUACAUGCAGUACAACAUCGAUCGCUGCGAUCCUUCCAAAGGCAAAACUUACAAGCUUGCGAAGGAUUUCGGUCAAGAGCUCAUCAACAACACGAAGGAAGUUGUUGGCAAACCGCCUACAUAUAAGGACGUUACAUUCCCCACUGCUCCUCAUACCGAGGUGACUGAGAAGGGCGAUAUCAAAUACUCUGAAGUUGUUCGUGAAAACGUUCGCAAGCUCGAGGCCUAUGUGGAAGAGAUGGCUAGAAGCGAUACUGUUCCUGGCGCUGUCAACAUCCAGAAGGUCCAAGACGAUGUUCUCAAACUCUGGACAGUCGUGAAAUCUCUUCCCGAAAUAAGUUCUGAUCAAAAGAACCGCAUCAAGGCUUUGUAUGAAGGUGUCGCCAAAUCACUCCAUCAAUCGCCUCAGUCUCCCGUUUCCCGCAGCCGUCGCUCUUCCUCGCAAUUCCUUCGCCCUCAGGUUACUGGCAUUACUCCUGUGACCGCCGUAUCAUCCGACAAAGUUCCCCUUCUUCACCUUAAGCGCAAAGUCGGUGGUAACUGGGAGUAUAGCAGCAAUCUCACCGCGGUCUAUCUCGACAUUUUGCAUGAAAUUGCCACGUCGGGCACAACGUUCAAGGACAAGAAUGCUCUUCUUACGGGAGUGGGCAAAGGCUCUAUCGGCGUCGAAGUCGUCAAAGGCCUUCUCGCUGGUGGGGCCCAAGUCGUUAUCACAACAUCUAGCUACAAUCGCAAGACUGUGGAGUACUACCAGUCUAUUUUCCAUUCUAUUGGCAGUCGAGGCUCCUCUCUUACUGUUGUCCCUUUCAACCAAGGUUCCAAGCAAGACGUUGAAGCUCUCGUCGACUACAUCUACACCACUCUUGGCAUGGAUUUGGACUACGUUUUGCCAUUUGCUGGUAUUCCUGAGAAUGGCCGCGAAAUCGACGGUCUUGACGAUAGAUCUGAACUUGCUCAUCGCAUGAUGCUUGUCAACUUGCUUCGACUUCUCGGUGCCGUCAAGAACAAGAAGGCCAGUCGUCAUUUCGUAACGCGCCCGACCCAAGUUAUUCUUCCAUUGUCUCCCAACCACGGUUUGUUUGGAAAUGAUGGUCUUUAUUCAGAGUCAAAGAUUUCCCUGGAGACCCUCUUCCAACGUUGGGCAUCCGAAAGCUGGGGAGAGUACCUUUGCCUUGCUGGCGCUGUCAUUGGAUGGACCCGCGGAACCGGAUUGAUGGCCCCUACCAACAUCGUCGCCCAUGAGCUGGAGAGUUACGGUGUACGAACAUUCUCGGCUAAGGAAAUGGCCUUCAACAUCCUCGGCCUUAUGCACCCGCUCCUCUUUAGUAUCACUCAAGUCGAACCUAUCUGGGCUGAUUUAAAUGGCGGGAUGGAUCGCCUCCCCGAUUUGGCUGAUAUCACGACGCGCAUCCGCACAAAACUGCACAAGAAGGCAGACCUCCGUCGUGCCAUUGCCCGCGAUAAUUCAGCCGAUUUCACCGUUAUCAAUGGCGUUGAGGCUGAACGCCUCCUUCAAACCGUCGACGUUCUUCCCCGUGCUAACUUCCGCUUCGAAUUCCCAGUUCUCGAGUCAGCCAAUUCGCUGAAUGAACUCUCGCAUCUCCGUGGCUUAAUUGACCUCGACAAAGUUGUUGUCAUCACUGGCUUCGCUGAAGUCGGUCCUUGGGGUAGUUCACGAACACGCUGGGAGAUGGAGGCCCGUGGCGAGUUUACCAUCGAAGGUGCCAUCGAGAUGGCGUGGCUUAUGGGUUUCAUCAAACAUUUCGAUGGUCGUCUCAAAGACGGCUCGCUUUACGUGGGCUGGGUGGACAGCAAGAGCAACGACCCCGUGGACGACAAGGAUAUCAAGGGCCGUUAUGAGAAAGACAUUCUCACGCACGCUGGUGUUCGCCUAAUUGAGCCUGAACUCUUCCGCGGUUACGACCCAAACAAGAAGGUGUUCAACCAGGAAAUCGAACUCAUCCACGAUCUCGAACCCAUCGAAGUGUCGGAGAGUGAGGCGCAGAAGUUCAAGUUGCAGCAUGGCGACAAGUGCGAUAUCUGGGCUGGCGAAGGCGGGCAAUGGUUCGCCAAGUUCAAGAAAGGCGCCUGUGUCUACGUACCCAAAGCCUUCAAGUUCAGUCGCACAGUUGCUGGCCAGGUUCCGACAGGCUGGAACGCUGGCCGUUACGGCAUUCCAGACGACAUCAUCGCUCAGACCGAUCGUGCGACCUUGUGGGCAUUAGUUUGCACCGCCGAAGCCCUGAAUGCCUCUGGCAUCACAGACCCGUACGAGCUGUACGAACAUAUGCAUCCUUCAGAAGUCGGCACCUGUAUUGGAAGUGGUAUGGGAGGUGUUACGAGCAUGGCGAAAAUGUUCAAGGAUCGCCGGGACGAGAAAGAAGUUCAGAAUGAUAUUCUUCAAGAAACAUUCAUCAACACGACUGCCGGUUGGGUUAAUCUCCUUCUGCUAUCGUCGAGUGGCCCUGUCAAGAUUCCCGUCGGUGCAUGCGCGACAGCUCUCCAAUCGCUUGAGAUUGCCUCGGACAGCAUCCUCUCUGGCAAAGCGAAAGUCAUGAUUGCUGGUGGCUUCGAUGAUAUUAGCGAAGAAGGUUCGUACGAGUUUGCCAACAUGAAGGCAACAAGCAAUGCCGAGACCGAAUUCGCAAUGGGUCGCGAGCCAACGGAAAUGUCUCGCCCUGCGACAACCUCCCGCGCAGGAUUCAUGGAAUCGCAGGGAACCGGUGUUCAUGUUGUCAUGAGUGCCAGAACUGCUCUUGAGUUGGGUGCCCCAAUUCGUGGUAUCCUUGCCUUUACCUCCACUUCCACUGACAAGGCUGGCCGCUCCGUCCCCGCCCCCGGUCGUGGCGCCCUGACCAUCGCACGAGAAGUGCAAUCCAAGCAUCCUAUGCCCAUUCUUGACGUGGCUUAUCGCUCUCGCCAACUUGCAUUCCGCCGCACACAAAUCUCGCAGUGGCUCACUCACGAGCAGGCGCAACUUCAAGAAGAAAUCGAAUAUCGCAAGAGUCAGAAUGAGGCUGCAGAAGAUGAGUACAUUUCAGACCGUAUUGCCAACCUCGAGAAGGAGGCUGGUCGGCAGGAGAAAGAUGCGCUUGCCAUGUAUGGGAUGUUGGAGGGCCAUGAUCCUCGUAUUGCUCCUCUUCGACGCGCUCUUGCUGUAUGGGGUCUCACUGCAGACGAUAUUGGUGUACUAUCGAUUCACGGUACCAGCACCGCCGCCAACGAGGAGAACGAGACACGUAUUUGGAACGACAUUUUCACCACGAUCUCAAGAACGCCAGGCAACGCCGUGCCUAUUGUCGCUCAGAAGAGUCUCCUCGGCCAUGCCAAAGGCGGCGCUGCUGCGUGGCAAAUGGCUGGUCUGCUGCAGACCGUUAUCACUGGCAUCGUUCCCGGAAAUCGCAACAGCGACAACAUCGAUUCACACUUCCAAGACCGGCAGUUCUUGCUGUUCCCAUCGAAGACUAUUCAUACGGACGGAGUGCGAGCAGGAGUCAUGUCAUCAUUCGGCUUUGGCCAAGUUGGCGGAACUGCCAUGGUCAUUCAUCCUCGUUAUCUCUUCGGCUGUUUGGAGCCCACAUACUAUGAAAACUACAAGCAACGUAAUCGCGUCCGGGGUCUGCAGUCUUACAAGGCGAUGAGCGAAAUGAUGAUCAAGAACUCUUUGGUCAAGAUCAAGGACCAUCCUCCUUACAUCGGGGAGAUGGAAGGAAAGGUUCUCCUCAACUCCAUGGCUCGUGCCUCCUUCGAUCCCAAGACAGGAGAAUAUUCCUUCAAGGGGAAGCUUGCAACAGGGGUUUCGGUUGACACCUCCAACGUCAAGACAGUCUCCGAUAUCUUCGCGACCACCCCUUCUACUGGUGGAUCCGCCAUCGGCGUGGGUGUUGAUCAGGAACUAAUUUCUUCUGUUCCUUCGCACAAUCCUACUUUCCUUGCCCGCAAUUUCACCGAUGCUGAGAUCGUGUACUGUCGAGCGCAACCGUCCCCUCCUUCCUCUUUCGCUGCCCGAUGGGUUGGCAAGGAGGCGGUUUUCAAAUCGCUUGGUGUCAAAUCGAAAGGUGCCGCGGCUGCAAUGAAGGACAUCGAGAUUCUUAAUGAUGAAUUGGGAAUCCCGACGGUUCGACUUCAUGGGGAAGCGAAGCUGAAGGCUGAAGAAAGGGGUAUUGGGAAGGUCUUGAUUUCUCUAAGCCACUCUGAGACUGUUGCCGUCGCCUUUGCGCAAGCAUCAUCAUGA